AUGAAAAAUGUUGAUUUAAUUGUUUUACGCGCAAUCACAACUCAACAAAAACGUUUGAGUUUAAGUAAUAAAAAACUUUAUCAUUUACCAUACAACAUUGAAUUUCUUAACUGGCUUGUAAUAUUAGAUCUACGUUCAAAUAAUUUAUCUGAUCUGCCAAUUCUACCAAAACAUCUACAAUCGAUUAAUUUAGGUCACAACUGGUUUACAACAAUACCUAAUUCUGUAUUUGAAUUGACGUCACUCAAAUCAAUCAGUAUGUAUAGCAAUCAACUUCAAUCUAUUCCAAGUACAAUUUUCGCCCAUUUGAAAUACUUGUCGAGUUCUCAUAAUAAAUUGACGACACUACCAGAGUCAAUGUGUUCAAUGCUCAACAAAUUAGAAUAUUUAAAUCUAGGUUAUAAUCAUAUUUUGACAUUGCCAUUUAAUUUUGGUCUACUACAAAAUAUGAAAACACUUCUUUUACAUAAGAACUUUUUAACACGAUUACCUGAGACAUUCGGGCAACUGAAAUCACUAACAGUUUUAGACUUAGCUGGUAAUAACUUACAACUUUUACCAUCCAACUUUACACAGUUGAAAUUAAAAGAAUUCUACGCUGAAGCUAAUCCAUUCACACGAAACGAUUUAUUUACUUCAACGUAUAAAGAAAAUGUUUUAACAUUGAAAGAAAUUGUCUUACGAAAAUUAUCCCGUUUAGGAUUUAUUGAUAUUGGUGUUAGCAAUCCUUGGUUAGAAAGUAUUAUAGGAUCAAAACAAUGGCAAACAGCUGGAUUUUGUGCUCUAUGUAAAAACCCAUUUGUAACUUGGUGGUUAGAAAGUGUCCGAUUUGCCAAUCGUAAAGAAUUAAUUAUCUCUAAAAAAUCUCAGUUGAACAAAGCAUCUCCAGAAGUAUUAUAUCCGUUAAGGACUUUAUUUUGCAGUUAUCACUGCUUAAAUUCAAGCGGAAAUUGUUACGAAUUAAGUGUUGGUUAAUGUUUUGUCGUAACGAAUUUACUCCUAGUGAUGACGAAGAAAAUUUCAAGCUCAGAAGGAAGAUUUAGAGUGAUGUGUACAAUUGAACUGGAUGCCUUAUUCAUCAUUAAAUUCUUCUAUAAUAUGUAACUUGUUUCAAAAGUAUGUGCUGAUGUUAUUGUCCAGAAAGACACUGAAAAGUUUAUAACUAAGUCAUACAACUCAUUGAACACAACACUUUCAAAUUACUGUCAGUGGUACCAUUCGUGACAUUAUCUUUCAUUGUCCCCUUUUCGAGAAAAUUUCAAUUCAUGGAACCAAGAUUUAAUCUCAUGGUUUCUUUAUCUCAGUCAUUAGUUUGUUCCAAAUGUAAUCACUACUUUACAAGUUAUUUAAUUUAUAAUUCCGAUUAUGUGUUUCAAGUUUUCCAGAGCUUCUUCUCCCAAAAUGCUUCCUUUUUAGAAAAAAAUAACAUAUAGUAAGAAUGAAU